AUGAUCCAACACCAGCUCCGCCACCUGUGCCUCUCUUCCCUCUUCUCCAUCGUCCUCCUCGGCCUCUCUCAGCGAUCGCUCGGCCUCGGGAGCCUCCCCGCGGGCGUCGCCAUAACCGAAGACACAGCCGGCCAGGUCACCAUCAACGGCGAUCCGACGACGGGCAAGAACAGCACGCUGGGCCCGCAGCUGCCUAUCACCGCGACCAUCUUCUCGGGCGUGCUGGGCCCCGCCGCCUGCCGCGGCGGCGUCAUCUUCCGCGUCAACCUCCCAUCACCACCACCACCACCACCAUCAACACCAGCAGCAGCAGCACCCUGGACCGGCCCGCCGACGCCAGAGCAAUGCUACGACCUGCCGCGGGCCGGCGGGUGCGGCAACUUCGUGGCGAGCAAAGACGCCGGCUGCGAGGCCCGGCUGUUCGCCGAGCCCGGGUGCCGCGUCUACCUCAACACGGCCGUGUUCGUGCCGGAGCCGCGGGCGGUCGGCGGGGCGUGGCGGAGCGUGGGGCUGCGGUGCGGCGUGCCGGCGCCGGAUCCGAGACGGCUGGGCCCGCCGCCGCUGGUGAUGGACGGGGGGGACGUGUCGCUGUCGGUGCGGAAGAGGCCUGGGCGGAGGAGGCGAGGAUGA